AUGGUACUCUUAUAUAAACCAGAAGACUUUGAUCAGGUUUAUAGAUCUGAAGAAAUGUUACCAUUGAGACCGGGAUUUGACACACUUAUCUAUUAUCAAGAGGAGUUACGGAGAAAUAGAUACAAUAGCAUUUUGGGAUUAACCUCAGCCCAGGGUCAAAAAUGGCGCGAUUUUAGAACUAAAGUAAACCCGGUUUUAUUGAAAACUCAAUUGGUUAAACUAUACACACCCACCUUGGAAGAGAUUUCUAAAGAAAUGACUGAGAGGUUGUUGAAAUUAAAAGAUCAAGAACACUACCUGCAGUCGAAUUUUGAUUCGGAAAUAACUAAAUGGUCAUUAGAAUCAGUGGCGUAUAUUGCCUUAGGUACACGACUUGGAUGCCUCAAUGAUGAGAAAAACAACAAAAAAGCCCAGCUUUUAAUUGCGUGUGCCAGUAACAUUAUGGAGCUUGCAUAUAAAUUAGAAUUCUUCCCCAGUCCAUGGCGAUAUUUCGAAACACCGAAUUUAAAGAAAAUGAUUAAGACCUUAGAUUUACAAUGGGAAAUAAGCGAAGAUUAUAUAAAGAUGGCCAAGGAAGAAAUCCAUGAGCGGAAACGCAAUAUUGCAGAAGAAGAAAAAAGUAUAAUAGAAAAACUUUUGGCAAUCGAUGAUAAAGUAGCCAUUAUGAUGGCCAACGAAAUGCUUUUAGCGGGUAUUGAUACGGUAGCUUAUACAACUAUUGGUUUGCUUUACAAUUUAGCGAUAAAUCCAGAAGUCCAGAAAAAAUUGCGUAAAGAAUUGAGCUCUAAACAACCAAGCAAGUAUCUUAAAGCAUGUCUAAAAGAAUCAUUAAGAUUAUAUCCUGUUUUGCCAGCAAAUUUACGAAGGACUACGAAAGAACAUGUAGUGGGAGGAUAUUGUAUUCCAAAAGGGGUCAAUGAAAUUUUUACCAGAGAGAUGGUUGGU